AUGAGUACCCUCUUAGAAAGACUUCACGCAAAGUACAACCAAAACAGACCUUGGACAGAAACCAUGAAGUUAGUCCGUCAAGUCAUGGAAAAACGAGUUGUGAUGAACUCUGGGGGGCACCAACAUCUGGUGAGCUGUUUGGAGACUUUGCAGAAGGCAUUAAAAGUAUCUUCUCUGCCUGCCAUGACGGAUCGCUUAGAGUCUAUAGCUAGACAAAAUGGCCUUGGAUCUCACCUUAGUGCAAAUGGCACUGAAUGUUACAUCACUUCAGACAUGUUCUAUGUGGAAGUCCAGUUAGAUCCUACAGGGCUGCUGUGUGAUGUCAAGGUGGCUCACCAUGGAGAAAACCCCGUGAGUUGUCCAGAAUUGGUGCAACAUCUGAGAGAGAAAAAUUUUGAUGAAUUUUCUAAGCAUUUAAGGGGGCUUGUGAACCUGUAUAAGUUGCCAGGAGACAACAAACUUAAAACUAAAAUGUACUUAGCUCUGCAGUCCUUAGAGCUGGAUCUCUCAAAAAUGGCAGGGAUGUAUUGGCAAGCCACCAAUGCAAAUCCCCUCGACAAGAUUCUUCAUGGCAGUGUUGGCUAUCUCACCCCCAGGAGCGGAGGUCUCCUGAUGAAUCUCAAGUAUUAUGUCUCGCCCUAUGAUUUAUUUGAAGAUGGCACUGGAGCCCCCGUUAUUUUGCACGAGAACAACGUUCCUCGGUCUUUGGGUAUGAAUGUGUCGGUAACAGUUGAGGGAACCAUGGCUAUGUACAAACUUCCAAUUGCACCACUGAUUAUGGGCUCUCAUCCAGUUGACAGCAAAGGAACUCCGUCUUUCUCGUCGAUCACCAGUGCCAACAGCGUGGACUUACCAGCUUGUUUCUUCCUGAAAUUCCCACGUCCCAUUCCAGUGUCUCGAGCUUUCAUUCAGAAGCUUCAGGGCUGCACAGGUAUUCCGUUGUUCGACACGCCACCAACGUUUGUACCCUUGUAUGAGCUGAUCACGCAGUUUGAAUUAUCCAAGGAGGCUGAUCCUCUACCUUUAAACCACAAUAUGCGCUUCUAUGCAGCUCUUCCAGGGCAGCAGCACUGUUACUUUCUGAACAAAGAUGCUCCUCUCCCAGAUGGAAGAAGCCUUCAAGGAACUCUGAUUAGCAAAAUCGCCUUCCAGCACCCUGGACGGGUUCCUCUCAUCCUCAAUUUGAUCAGACAUCAGGUGGCGUACAACACACUGAUCGGCAGCUGUGUCAAGCGAACAGUUUUAAAAGAAGAUUCUCCUGGGAUCCUGCAGUUCGAAGUCUGUCCUCUCUCUGACUCCUGUUUUAGCGUAUCCUUUCAGCAUCCUGUGAAUGACUCCUUAGUGUGUGUGGUAAUGGAUGUGCAAGACUCCACUCAUGUGAACUGUAAGCUGUACAAAGGGCUGUCCGAUGCUCUUAUCUGUACAGAUGAUUUCAUUGCCAAAGUUGUUCAAAGAUGUAUGUCCAUUCCUGUCACCAUGAGAGCAAUUCGUAGAAAAGCAGAAACGAUUCAAGCAGACACCCCAGCCUUGUCCCUCAUUGCAGAGACAGUAGAAGAUAUGGUGAAGAAAAACCUGCCCCCAGCCAGCAGCCCAGGGUAUGGCAUGACCACAGGCAGCAACCCAAUGAGUGGUACCACUACCCCAACAAACACUUUUCCUGGGGGGCCCAUCACUACUUUGUUUAACAUGAGCAUAAGCAUGAAAGAGAGGCAUGACUCGGUGGGCCAUGGGGAGGACUUCAGCAAAGUGUCUCAGAACCCUAUUCUCACUAGUUUGUUGCAGAUCACAGGGAAUGUGGGGUCUACCAUUGGCUCAAGUCCAACCCCUCCCCAUCACACACCACCACCAGUAUCCUCACCAGCAAGCAACACCAAGAACCACCCCAUGCUCAUGAACCUUCUUAAAGAGAAUCCCCCUCAGGAUUUCUCCACUCUGUAUGGGAGCAGCCCUCUCGAAAGGCAGAACUCUUCCUCUGGCUCCCCCAGAAUGGAAAUGGGCCCUGGGGGGAAUAAGCAAAAGAAAAAAAAAUCCCGCAUGCCGGCCGACAAGCCCAAGCAUCAGACUGAGGAUGAUUUCCAGAGGGAGCUUUUUUCAAUGGAUGUUGACUCCCAGAACCCCAUUUUUGAUGUCAACAUGACUGCAGACACCCUGGACACCCCUCAUAUUACUCCAGCACCCAGCCAAUGCAGCACUCCUCCUACUACAUACCCACAGCCUAUACCUCACUCGCAGCCCAGUAUUCAGAGAAUGGUUCGACUUUCUAGUUCGGACAGCAUUGGAGCCGAUGUUACUGAUAUCCUUUCGGAUAUAGCAGAGGAGGCUUCCAAGCUACCCACCAGUAAUGAGGACUGUCCACCCAUUGGUACCCCAGUAAGAGACUCUUCUAGUUCAGGACAUUCACAAAGUGCCCUCUUUGACCCAGAUGUUUUUCAGACGAACAAUAGCGAGAACCCGUACACAGAUCCAGCAGACCUGAUAGCAGACGCUGCUGUGAGCCCCAACAGCGAUUCUUCAAACCAUUUUUUUCCAGAUGGAGUAGAUUUCAAUCCUGACUUGCUGAACAGUCAGAGCCAGAGUGGCUUUGGGGAGGAGUACUUUGAUGAGAGUAGUCAGAGUGGAGACACUGAUGAUUUCAAGGGCUACGCAUCCCAGGCUCUAACUACUUUGGGGGUGCAAGUCUUGGGGGGCGAUGGGGGGGAAAAUAAAUUUAAGGGGAGCAAUCAGUCCGAUACGGUAGAUUUUAGUAUUAUUGCAGCUGCAAGCAAAGCGCUGGGGUCCUCUGACAUCAUGGAGCAUCACAGUGGAGGUCAGAGCCCUUUACUGAAUACAGGGGAUUUAGGAAAAGAAAAGUCUCAGAAACGGGUAAAGGAAGGCAAUGGUUCUGGAAGUAACAUGGCAGGUCCCGGGAUGGACGGGAAGCCAGGGAAGCGCAGCCGGACGCCAUCCAGUGAUGGUAAAAGUAAAGAGAAACUUCCAAAGCGGAAAAAGCAGGAGACAGAUGGGAAAUCUCCAUCUCACAGUUCAUCAAACAGGCCUUUCACGCCACCAGCAAGCACAGGCGGGUCCAAAUCUCCUGGGAGUUCAGGCAGAUCUCAGACUCCUCCCGGUGUAGCUACUCCUCCUAUUCCAAAAAUAACUAUUCAGAUCCCAAAAGGAACAGUGACUGUUGGCAAACCGUCUUCACAUGGCCAGUAUACAAGUAGUGGCUCUGUCACCUCCUCCAGCAGCAAAAGCCAUCAUAGCCAUUCUUCCUCCUCCUCCUCUUCUUCCUCCUCUUCAACCUCAGGCAAAAUUAAAAGCAGCAAAUCAGAAGGGUCUUCUGGCUCAAAGAUGAGCAGCAGCCUCUACUCAAGCCAAGGCGGCUCAAGUUCAGGUCAGUCCAAAAGCUCGGCUCAGUCGGUGGGAAAGCCUGGAUCCUCCCCCAUCACCAAACACGGCCUCAGCAGCGGUUCUGGAAGCACCAAGGUGAAGCCUCAAGGAAAGCCAUCGUCACUUAUGAACCCUUCCAUGAGUAAACCAAACAUCUCUCCAUCUCAUUCGAGACCCUCGGGAAGUUCUGACAAGCUUGCUUCUCCCAUGAAACCUGUCCCGGGUACUCCCCCGUCAUCUAAAGCCAAGUCACCGAUCAGUUCAGGUUCCGGGGGCUCCCAUAUGUCUGGGACCGGAUCAAGCUCAAGUAUGAAAUCGUCUUCAGGAAUGGGAUCCUCUGGGUCUAUGUCACAGAAACCACCUCCUUCAUCGAAUUCUUCAACGGCAUCUUCAUCUUCCUUUUCGUCUAGUGGGUCUUCCAUCUCUUCAUCUCAGAACCAGCAUGGAAGUUCCAAAGGCAAGUCUCCAAGCAGAAACAAGAAGCCAUCGCUGACUGCAGUCAUAGACAAACUUAAACAUGGGGUUGUCACUAGCGGGCCUGGUGGAGACGACCCGAUGGAUGGACAAAUGGGGCCAAGUUCCAAUUCCUCAAGCCAUACUAUGUCCUCCAAACACAAUAUGUCUGGAGGUGAGUUCCAGGGCAAACGCGAGAAGAGUGACAAAGAGAAAUCUAAAGUCUCUGUUUCUGGAGGAUCUGUUGACUCUUCCAAGAAGACUUCCGAUUCCAAAAAUGUUGGAAGCACUGGAGUGGCCAAAAUUAUCAUCAGCAAACACGAUGGUGGUUCCCCUAGCAUUAAAGCCAAAGUAACUUUGCAGAAACCCGGGGAAGGAGGUGGGGAUAGCCUAAGGCCUCAGAUGGCUUCUUCCAAAAGCUAUGGGUCCCCUCUAAUCAGUGGAUCUACUCCAAAACACGAGCGCUGCUCUCCCAGCCACAGCAAGUCACCAGCAUACACUCCCCAAAACAUAGACAGCGAGAGUGAGUCAGGCUCUUCCAUAGCAGAGAAAUCCUACCAGAACAGCCCCAGCUCUGACGACGGCAUUAGGCCUUUGCCUGAAUAUAGCUCAGAAAAACACAAGAAGCACAAAAAAGAGAAGAAAAAAGUGAAAGACAAAGACCGGGACAGAGAUCGGGAUCGAGAUAAAGAGAGAGACAAGAAGAAGUCUCACAGCAUGAAGCCAGAGAGCUGGUCUAAGUCCCCCAUUUCAGCUGACCAGUCUCUCUCCAUGGCAAGCAGCGCUAUCCUGUCGGCCGAGCGACCAUCCCGGGCUAGCCCCGAGUUUUUGAUCGGGGAAGAAGAUGACGAUCUCAUGGAUGUUGCUCUAAUUGGCAAUUAAUUUUCUUAGUGUCUUUAAAGAUGAGCUGUACGCUGGACCUGCGGGUUCUAGAGAUUGCAAGAAAGGAACCAUUCGUUGCAAACCUGCCACGCUGAUUUUUACAGGGUGUGUUUGAAGAGAAAAAAAGUAUUUCCAAGGAUCUCCAAAGUCUGAACAGCAAGUGUGAGUGCCAGCAGCUCAUUUGGCAAGCCAGGUUCCUGACUGUGGCCUUCAUCCUGCGGACACUUACACUCAUUCUUAAUUUAUGAGUAUUAACAGCCCCAUUAGAGUCAAUGGGUGUAAAGCUGAGUGUGUGUGUAAGUGUGGGAGCAGACCCCAAACCGGUGCAAACAGAAACAUAGGCUGUUCUGGGGGAGUCCGAGGUCCUCUGCCCCU